AUGACCCCCGAGUCAAUUAAACCAAAGCUGAUUCCCCCAGCGCCUAUCGCGAUUUGUGGAAUGUCUGUACGUCUCCCUGGAGGCUUACACACACCCCAACAGCUAUGGGACUUCUUGGUUGCGAAAGGAGAUGCCCGUGGCCAAGUGCCAAAGUCCAGAUAUAAUGCCUCCACAUACUACUCCGAGACGCAGAAACCAGGCAGCAUCAAGACCGAAUAUGGAUACUUUCUGGAUGAAAGUAUUGACAUUGCUUCUGUGGAUACAUCCUUCUUCACAAUGGGAAAAUUGGAGGUGGAGCGCAUGGACCCACAGCAACGGCAGAUGCUAGAAGUUGCCCGGGAGUGUAUGGAAGAUGCUGGCGAAACGAACUGGAAAGGACGACCGAUUGGUUGUUACAUGGGUAGCUUUGGUGAAGAUUGGCUUGAAAUUUGUGUGAAAGAAACCCAGCAAUAUGGCCAGCAUCGAGUGAGCGGAUAUGGAGAUUUCAUGUUGCCCAACCGAGUCUCAUAUGAGAUGGACUUGACGGGACCGAGCAUGGUAGUACGUACUGGCUGCUCAGCAGGUCUUGUUGCACUACACGAAGCAUGUCUGGCAAUUUCCAGAGGCGAUUGCGAGGGAGCCAUAGUUGGCGGUGCCAAUUUGAUUAUGGCACCAGGCAUGACAACUGCCAUGAGUGAGCAAGGCGUAAUUUCGCCUGAUGGAUCCUGUAAGAGCUUCUCCGCUGAUGCGAAUGGCUAUGCGCGCGGAGAAGGAAUCUCUGCCAUCUUCAUUAAACCUCUGGAUGAUGCCAUCCGGGAUGGAAAUCCAGUUCGAGCGGUUAUCCGUUCGACGGCAUCUAACAGUGACGGAAGGGGUGCUGGAAUUGGCACUCAUGUUCCUAAUGAUAUUUCGCACGAGGCCAUGAUCCGGCGCGCAUAUGAGGUAGCAGGCAUCGCAGAUUACUCCCAGACCGCAUUUGUCGAGUGUCAUGGCACUGGCACCCAAGUUGGAGAUCCCAUUGAAACACGAGCAGUGGGCCGGGUUUUUGGUCCUUCUGGUGGCGUCCUCAUUGGGUCCGUGAAGCCAAAUCUUGGUCACUCCGAGGGAGCCUCCGGGAUUACAUCUCUGAUCAAGUCGGUCCUAGCCCUGGAAAAUCACAUCAUCCCUCCAAAUAUCAAGUUCAAGGAGCCCAAUCCCAAUAUCCAGUGGGAUGAAUAUGGUCUCACUGUUCCCACAGAACCGAUGCCUUGGCCUGAGGCUCGUAGCGAGCGAAUCAGUGUCAACUCUUUCGGCAUUGGAGGCACGAACGCCCACGUGGUUCUCGAUUCAGCUCAGAGCUUUGGCAUCUCCCCCGUUCUCCCUCAGCAUACCAUUUCACCGCAGCUGCUUGUUUAUUCAGCAAACAAUGCCGAGUCACUAAAACAGAUGAUUUCCCAAUAUACAGCCUAUGUCCAGAAGAACCCAACCAGAGUUGCCGAUUUGGCAUUCACUCUGUGUAAUAAAAGGGAGCAUCUACCUCAUCGGGCAUUCUCCGUGAAUAACCCAUUGGGUUUGCUCACGACUUCGGCCCCCUCAAAAACUGGCGAGGUACCAAAUAUUGUUAUGGUCUUCACUGGCCAGGGUGCUCAGUGGCCACAAAUGGGUGGUUCUAUGAUUCACAACGCGGUCUAUCCCGCAUUUAAGAAGAGCAUUCAAGAUCUUGACUCACAUUUGAAAACCCUCAAAGAUGGGCCAGAAUGGAGUAUUGAAGAAGAGCUCUUGAAGCCCUCAGAUGCUAGCAGGCUUGGAUCAUCCGAGUUAUCCCAACCCCUUUGCACAGCAAUCCAAGUGGCUCUGAUUGACACUUUUGCUUCCGUUGGGAUUCAGCCUGCUGCUGUUGUGGGCCACUCUAGUGGCGAAGUAGCUGCUGCAUACGCUGCCGGUGCCAUCACGGCCAACGAAGCAAUUACGAUUGCGUUUUAUCGAGGUCAGGUCACCAAGCUACAAACCAAACUCGGGGCCAUGGCGGCUAUAGGUAUGGGCACUGAGGAAGUCCAGGAAUAUCUACAGGAUGGUGUCAUCAUUGCUUGCGAAAACUCCCCCAAGAGUGUUACUCUCGCCGGUGAUACCCAUGCCAUUGGGAAUUCGGUUGCCAAUAUCAACAAGGCCCACCCCGAUGUCUUGGCAAGACAGUUGAAAGUCGACAAGGCGUACCACUCUCAUCACAUGGCCGAGAUAGGCGACGAGUACUAUGCUUUGAUUGAACAUGAAGUAUCCGCCAAGGAUCCAAAUAAGUUGUUCUUCAGCAGUGUCGAGAACAAAAUACUUGCCGAAGCCCUGAAUUUCGGCCCCAAAUACUGGCAGAUGAACCUACAGUCCCCAGUACUCUUCCAUUCAGCAGUCUCAUCUAUAAUCCAGCACCCGAUUUCGAAGAACAUGGUGCUUCUUGAGAUUGGGCCACACUCCGCUCUUGCGGGCCCCUUGCGACAGAUCCAGAGUCAUCAUUCCACUUCUUCUCCUUACGUCUCUGCAUUUGUCCGCAACCAGGACAGUAUAGAAUCCUUCCUGACUGCUGUUGGGCAGCUUCACGUUCUCAAUGCUAUCCCCAAUUUGGGAAAGGUCAUUAGUGAAGGAUCUACUCUCCCAGACCUUCCAAGGUAUCCAUGGGAUCAUUCAAAAAGAUUCUGGCAUGAAUCUCGGUUGAGCAAGGAGUGGAGACAUCGCGAGCACAGGUGUCACGACCUUUUGGGUGUCCAGGUAACAGAGAGUCCAGACUUCCAUGCGCUUUUCCGAAAUCUGUUCCACUUGGACAAUGCCCCGUGGAUCCGUGACCACAAGGUCGGCGAUGAUGUUGUCUUCCCCUUCGCUGGCUAUGCUGCGAUGAUUGGAGAGGCUGUGAGACAGCUAACCGGAGUCAGCGAAGCAUUCAAACUACGCAAUGUCAUUGUUAGCACUGCUCUCGUCUUGAAUGAGGGCCCACCAGUUGAGAUCAUAACAACAUUGCAUCGCCAUAGAUUGACUGAUUCCCUCGAUAGCGAGUGGUGGGAGUUUACCAUCGCCUCUCACAACGGAACAAGUUGGACCAAGCACUGCUCGGGUGAGGCUAGAUCGUUUAGCGAACAUCUUGAAGAUUUAGACAAGAAAUCUCCUCUUGUGCGCAAAAUUGAUACGCGCCGUUGCUACCAUUCUAUGGCCAUGUCCGGUCUCAACUUCGGGCCAUCAUUUCAACGUCUCGACCAUGUCCGAUCAGACACCGUUACGCAGAAUGCAACGUCCGAACUUGUUGCAAAGGAUACUGAUGGGGAUAACUAUCAUCUGCACCCCACAGUCAUAGAUGCCUCACUACAGCUGCUCAGCGUGGCUGCUUCCAAGGGAUAUGCCGAUCCAAUAACGACCAUAAUGGUUCCUACUCACAUUCAAGAAAUGACCAUCUCCCGCUGUUAUGAGAAUGUCCAAGUCCAGGCUUCCGCAUCUUAUACCCCGAACGGCUCUAUUGUGGGUAGUGGCCAAUGCAUUACCGCAGGGGGCAAGGUUGCUUUACGCAGUUCUGGAAUCAAACUCUCUAUUCUCGAUCAUCAAGACUCCGACAAAGCGAACAACGCCACUGCUUGUGCAGAAUGGGCUCCCCAUAUCGAUUUCCUGGAUGUCAACACCCUCAUCAAGCCAUUGAUUGACCGCAGUGAUUACACGCCCGCUUUGACAGAAUUAUCCCAUCUAUGUAUGGUUUACACACAGCGCGUCAUUGCUGAACUAGAUACUCCAAUCAGCCACAUGCACAAGUAUCGAUCAUGGAUCGAUCAACACCUCCUUUCUAUGGAUUUACAGAGUUUCCAAAUUUUUGACAAUACUGCCAUUGAGCAGCGAGUGAAAAGGCUCGUUGACCAGGUGUCUAAAACCAAUGGUGCCCAUCUUGCUGUUGGUAUUGAGGCAAUCUUCAAUAACGUCCAACGGAUCUUUACCGGAGAGGUAGAGCCUCUGGAUCUCCUUCUAGCCGACCACAUAUUGGCCAACGUCUACGACGCUAUGGAUCAAUGUGAUAUUUCCAGAUUCAUCAAGCAACUAAGCCACAGCAAACCUAAUUUGCGUAUCCUCGAAAUAGGUGCCGGAACCGGCGGAUCUACAGCUAAUCUCCUCAAGCUGUUGACACCUGGGAACAGAACCCUAUACUCGAAUUACACCUUCACUGAUAUCUCAUCAGGCUUCUUUGUUGCUGCCAAGGAUCGCUUUGCCAAUUACUCAAACCUUGAAUACGCUACUCUCGAUAUUAGCAAGGAUCCCUCCGACCAAGGUUUCGAUGGUCGCAAAUUCGACCUAAUUCUGGCGACUAAUGUCAUCCACGCCACUGCAUCCUUAAAUGACAGUCUGAGCAAUGUUCGCAAACUUCUUUCCCCUACCGGAUGGUUCCUGCUCCACGAAUUAACACCGACAUCUAAAUGGAUCAACUAUAUCUUUGGAACUCUGCCCGGCUGGUGGUAUGGCAAUGCUGACGGUCGGUCGGAUGAGCCAUAUGUAGGCGUUGAGCGCUGGGAGAAAGAACUCAAGUCUGCUGGAUUCCGCACUCCUGAUGCUGCAGUUUUGGAUUCGGACCACCCAUAUCAGUUAAACACCAUGAUCGUGGCUAGACCGGAAAGUGAUAUAGCACCUAAAAAAUGCGUCACGCUCCUGACACUCUCUGAAUCGAAAUCUUUCGGUCCUUUGCUUCAGGCGCUGGAGAACAGGGGAUACUCCGUUCAUCAUUCUCGGUUUGAUGAAGAGCCCCUGCCUGACGGACAAGAUGUGAUCGCCUUGCUUGACGAAGAAGUUCCAUUCUUUGAAAACAUGGAUAACACAAGAUUUGGUUCUUUCAAGAAAAUGGUGGAGAGCCUAAAUAGAUGUGGUAUUCUCUGGGUCACUCGUUUAUCACAACCCCAAUGCCAGGACCCGAGAUUUAGCCAGAUCAACGGCAUAGCAAGGACCAUUCGCAAUGAAUUGAUUGUCGACUUUGCUACUUGCGAGAUCGAUGAUCUUGAUAUCUCUUUGGAAAAACUCAUUGACGUAUAUGAGAAGUUCCAAGUCCGCCAGGAGGACGAGACCCUCAAGCCUGAAUUUGAAUACGCUGUUGUGGACAAUACCGUCCAAGUCGGACGGUAUCAUUCUUUCUCGGCGCAAGACGAGCAAGAAAUGUCGGGUUCCGAUGGUAGCACGGCUCUUCGAACUAGUAAGCCCGGUCGCUUGGCUUCGUUAUACUGGGCUCGCGGGGAUAUCAAACCCCUGGUAGGAGAUGAAGUGGAAAUCGACACGUACGCAACCGGUUUGAAUUUCAAGGAUGUCUUAUGUGCCAUGGGCAUUGUCGAGGCCAAAGAUAAUGAGUUUGGCCAUGAAGGCGCUGGCAUAGUCCGCCGCAUCGGCCCUGAAGUUCAAGAUCUGAAGGUCGGUGACCGCGUCAUGGUUGUUGGGGGCUGUUUAUUUGGGACACAAUUAGUUCUCUCCGAGAACCUGUGCGAGAAAAUCCCAGGUGGCUUAAGCUUCACCGAUGCGGCUAGCAUGCCUUGUGUGUUCAGCACAUCAAUAUACUCCAUCUUCGACGUUGGUAAUCUGAAAAAAGGACAGUCCAUUCUUAUCCACAGUGCCUGCGGUGGAGUUGGAAUUGCGACUAUCCAGCUUGCUCAAAUGGCCGGUGCCGAGAUUUACGCAACUGUCGGUAACGAGGAAAAGGUCCAGUAUCUCAUGGACACGUUUGGCCUUCCUCGAAACAGGAUCCUCAACUCCCGUAAUACCUCAUUCGUCGAGGACAUCAUGCGGGAGACAAAUGGACAGGGUAUCGACUUGGCAUUAAACUCAUUGUCUGGUGAAUUACUACAUGCUACAUGGAAGUGCAUUGCACCAUUUGGAAAGAUGGUCGAGAUUGGCAAGCGAGACCUAAUUGGCUCUGGAAAACUUGAUAUGACUCCUUUCUUAGAUAACCGGAGCUACUGCUGUGUUGACUUGGAUCAAAUUUGUUCCAGAAAGCCGACCCUUGCAAAGAAGCUGCUAAAGGAAAUUGUGCACCUACUCAGGGAGCGCUACAUCUCUCCUAUCCGACCCAUCAAGGUUUUUAGUUCCGACGGUAUACACGAUGCGUUCCGUUACAUGCAGCAGGGCAUUCAUCUAGGAAAAAUCGUCGUGUCGAUGCGUGAUACGUCAGGCCAGGUCAGCGCAGUACAAAAUCUCCAGCAAAGAAAAAAGCCCAUCCAACUCGACAGCUCCGGUGCAUACCUACUGGUAGGUGGUCUCGGCGGUCUGGGUCGGGCAAUAUCUACAUGGAUGGUCCAACAUGGGGCUCGCCAUCUGAUAUAUCUUUCCCGAACUGCAGGAUCAAGUGUACUCCACCAAGAAUUUGCUCAAGAGCUUGCCAGUAUGGAUUGCCGUGCCGACUUCGUUCAAGGUAGCGUGUCGAAGAUUGAAGAUGUGAGCACUGCCAUCAAACGGGCUCAAGGCCGGCUUCGGGGGAUUCUGCAGAUGUCCAUGAUGCUUCGUGAUCGGAGCUUUGAACGUAUGACACUGGAAGAGUGGAACACAGCUGUUGAUCCGAAGGUCAAGGGAACGUGGAAUCUUCAUAAUGCCUCGGUAUCUGCGAAUGCGGACCUCGACUUCUUUAUCCUUUUCAGUUCGGUAUCCGGCGUAUUUGGGCUUCCUGGUCAGAUCAACUAUUCUGGUGCCAAUACCUUCCUAGAUGCGUUUUCAAAAUACCGGUUGGGUCUGGGACUACCAGCUUGCGCUAUCGACAUCGGUCCUGUCGAGGGAGUAGGUUAUGCCGCCGAGCAGGAGGAACUCAUACAAAAGCUCAAGGCUGCUGGCGGGUUAGGCAAUACAGUCUCGGUGAGCCAGCUUUUUAGCGCAGUAGAGGGAGCGAUGACACCUGUGGCAAAUAAGUCGAGACCCGAAGCAAGCAACUUCUGCGUCGGAAUUCGUCCCAACAUGCCUCUGGCUGAUCAAAGAAACCGUUUGAUCUGGAAGAAGGACGUACGAAUGUCAGUGUUCCAUAAUACUGGAGCACCUGGUGCCACCUUAGCCUCUACUUCUGGCACUGGCCUGGAAGCCUUUAUCACACAAGCUAAGAGUGAUGCCGCGCUACUAAGCCAACCCGACUCCGCUCAAACGCUUGCUGUGGAGAUUGGAAAGAAGGUGUUUAGCUUCUUGCUGAGGCCGGAAGAAGACCUGGUGACAUCUUGCUCCUUGUCUGAGCUUGGAAUGGACUCUCUCGUGGCAAUUGAGGUGAAACAGUGGUGGAAGGCGACAUUCGAGUUUGAGAUCAGUGUCCUCGAGUUGAUGAGAAUGGGCACUCUCGAUAUACUCGGGGAGCAUGCUGCUCGUGGCAUGCUUAAAUUGUUCCAUGGUGUACAAGAGCAAGUCGAUUGA